AACUUAAAAACAAUAAUUGCAGUUUCUUUGCUUAUUAUCAAAACUGAAUGUAAAGUUUUAUUUUAUUUCUUUGCUUACAACGUACCAAAAAAACAUGAGUGAAGAAAUACAACCUUCCAUGGACUAUAACUUAGACGCUGAUUCAGAAUUACGGUUUGAAGUAGAGGAUAAAAAUGCGAAGGUUUAUGUUACGUUAAUUUCAGGUUUUGCUGAAAUGUUUGGCACUGAGCUGGUAAAAAAAAAGAAAUACGAAUUUGUGAUGGGCGCUAAGGUGGCAAUCUUUACAUAUCACGGUUGUGUUUUACAUUUAGCUGGAAAAACUGAAGUCAGUUAUAUAUCCAAAGAAACUCCCAUGAUACAGUAUCUUAACUGCCACGCUGCUUUGGAACAAAUGCGCGUGGUUGCUGAGGAGAAAGAUGAGCGAGGGCCAGUCGUAAUGGUAGUUGGACCUAUGGAUGUUGGUAAGAGUACAUUAUGUCGCAUACUUUUAAAUUAUGCGGUGCGUCUGGGGAGAAGGCCUUUGUACGCUGAUACCGAUGUAGGACAAGGUUCAUUAUCCAUACCAGGCACCAUCGGCACAAUAUUGGUUGAACGACCGGCUAGUAUAGAAGAAGGUGUUUCACAAACCGCUCCUUUAAUUUAUCAUUUCGGACACAAAACCCCAAGUGGCAAUAGUGUUUUAUACAAAGCUGUAAUCAGCAAAAUGGCUGAGGUUACUCUAGAAUCUAUGAAUGAAAACAAGAGAACAAAACAUUCAGGUAUCAUCAUAAAUACCUGUGGGUGGGUAAAAGGCGAUGGUUACGCUAAUUUGGUCCAUACAGCACAAGCUUUUGAGGUGAAUGCAAUUUUUGUGUUGGAUCAGGAGCGUUUGUACAAUGAAUUAUUAAGAGAUAUACCUUCAUUCGUAAGAGUCGUUCUUUUGCCCAAAAGUGGUGGCGUUGUCGAACGUAGCAAAGAUUUAAGAGUCGAAAAUAGAGACUUACGGAUAAAAGAGUACUUUUACGGUCAUAAAACGCCACUGUACCCUUUUUCAUUUGAAGUCAAGUUUGUGGAUUUAAAACUUUAUAAAAUUGGAGCACCGCCACUUCCCGACUCAUGUAUGCCGUUAGGAAUGAAGGCUGAAGACAACAAAACUAAAUUGGUGGCAGUCACACCAAAUCUUGGUCUCACCCAUCAUAUACUAGCUGUAAGCUUCGCUGAAUUUACGGAAGAAGACGUCAUAGGAACAAACGUGCUUGGUUUUGUGUGCGUUACUCAUGUGGACAUGGAGCGGCAGUCUGUCAUGAUUUUAUCGCCUCAACCUCGCCCCCUGCCCAAUACGUUGUUGUUGUAUUCAGAGCUACAAUUUAUGGAUAGUCAUGCUUGACUUUAAUAAAGGUGGGAUGACUUACGGAUCAAACAACUGUAUAGGAAAAGUUUUCAGCAAAGAGUAAAUAAAAAACUCUUGAAAAAAUUAUUAGUUCGCUAAUUUUUAGAAAGAUUGUAUUGGAAUCAGCAUUCAACCUAUCAACUACCUUGACGGAAAAUGAAUCCAAUGAAUCGUUGGAAGCAAGUUAUGCAAGACUUUUUUUGUACUUAUGUUUACUUUCUGUGAAGAAAAUUUUUGUGUUAACUAACAAUUGUUUUUGUAUCAUUUCAUAUUUCAUCAAUUUAUUUUUUAUAAUUUAAAAAUUCCUCCUUUCGUAAUGAUUAUCUCAGGUUAAAGAAAAUGUUCUCGAAGGCUAAAAAUUUUAGUGAAUUUGCGAAAGUAGACGAUUGUU